AUGGAACCCGAAGCGUACGAAAGAUUGUUAUUCCUGCUGUCGUCGGUGAACUCGGCAAUUUCAUUGGCUGUCGUCGUCUUGAUCGCCCUGCUUCUCUUCUAUCUCCGCUCGGUUUGACUUUUUGGCAAAUUCAAUCGGUUUAGAGCGGUCUGGGGGAUACAGCACACCGAAUUCGCUUCGAGAAUAUUUUGAACUUUUUUAAAUCAAGCGCCUUUAGUUUAAUUAAUGAAUUUUUUUUCUGUUUUUAUCUUCCAAGCUUCUCAGAUUCCAUAUUUUUAGGCGAAUGUCUAUCUACACAAGACGUCGGACGCUCUGCGCGACACGGCGAAAGUUACACGUGCAUCGGUAAUUAAUGAAUAAAAAGUCGGUUAAUAUUGCAAAUUCAGAAAAUGCGAGUAGUGGAAUAUGCUGCAAUGGCGGCGCUGCAAAGCGGGACUCCCGUCGAUCAGGUUUUUCUCUUGAACAUCCAGACUUUUUGCACAGUUUGUUGGCGAGUUCAAUCUUCUUCGGGAAAAGCCGAGAUGCGGUGUCGCUAGAAUGUUCGGCCGUGACAUGGUCACCAGCAAGUUCAUUAAAAUUUGA